AUGAUAGGAAGCACAUGUCCUAAUGUUGAUGGUUGGGAUGAUACAUUUGAAUGGUGUGAACCUUUUGGUGAGACUCCUAUGGAACAAGAUGAACCAAAUAGUGAAAAAGUAGGUGAAGACAGUCAAGCUAGUAAAGACAGUCAUGAUAGUGAUGACAAUGAAGAUAGUGAAGACAGUCAAGAUAGUGAUUACAUAGUUGAUGAAGAUAAUUUGUUAGAUGAUCUAGAGGUUGAUAUGAAGAACUUUCACCUCAACAUUUACAAAGAGGUGGAGUGGGUUGGAAGUUUUCCUGAUGAUCGAGAUGAAACAGUAGAAGGUGAUGAAGAAUUAGAGGUUAUAAACACCGAAGAAUUUAUAUUUGCAUCUUCAUCAGAUGAGGGUGAAGCUAGUAAAAAAAGGAAGAAGAUAAGAGAUUUACAAAGAGCACAUAAGAAUGAAGCAGCGGCUGUCAAAGAUCCGUUUUACAUCCACCAGACUUUUAGCACAGCCAAGGAAGUUAAACAACAAAUUUAUCUUCAUUCCAUACAGAGUAGAAGGGAGUUAGACUUUGUCAAGAAUGACAAAAACAGGAUUAGAGUGGUUUGCAAAGGGACAAUACCAAACCUUGGGAUAUUAGAAACAGGUGGGACCAGCAAAAGUAAUGACAAAGUGGGACCCGGUCAAAAGAAAAAGAAAGUGAAAGAUGGUUCUAUUCAUAAAUGCCCAUGGGUCCUACUAGAGAGUAAGUGGAAAAAAGACAUUAACUGGACUGUUAAGACCUAUGAAAAGCAACAUACAUGCCUUCAAACAAGGAAAAUUAGGGCGUGCAACUACAAAUUUCUCUCUGAACAGAUUGUUGACACAGUGGAGGAAAACCAAGAAAUACCACUUAGAGCAUUACGUGAGAUGCUUGAGAAGAAAUACCAAGUUGGAUUGUCAGACAUGAAAGUUCAUAGGGCGAAAACGAAAGCCCUGGAAUCAAUUAGGGGAGAUUUUGCUGCUCAGUACUCAUGUCUAAGAGACUACUUACAGGAGGUGCAGAGUAGAAAUCCAAACACCACAGUCAAACUUCAAGUGCAAAGUGAACCAUGUUAUGCAUUUGAGACCAGGGUAUUUGAACGAGUAUACAUUUGUCUUGGUCCACUGAAAAGUGGAUUUGCAGCAGGGAAAAGAGAUUUACUAGGGCUUGAUGGUGCAUUCAUGAAGGGUCCAUACCAUGGUAUGAUCAUGACAGUAGUGGGUUUAGACGGGAACAAUUGCACAUACCCUAUGGCAUAUGCAGUUGUUGAAGCAGAAAACAUUAAUUCAUGGACUUGGUUUUUAACUAACUUAGGAGAUGAUCUUGGUUUGUAUGCAAACUCCAACUUCACUUUCAUAUCAGAUAGACAGAAGGGGUUAUUGCAUGCACCUGAGAAACUUUUCCCAGCAACAGAGCAUAGAUAUUGCCUAAGGCAUCUUCAUGAGAACAUGAAACAUAAAUGGAGGGGCAAGGAAUUCAAGGAUUGUCUUUGGAAAUGUGCAACAUGUACCACCAUACCACAAUUCAACAGUGCCACGGAAGAACUAAAGAGACUUAACAGUGAAGCAUAUGACUGGCUUAAUUCUAUUCCACCUAAGCACUGGGAGGGCACAUUGUGA